AUGGAAAGUUCUGAUGGACUUCAGCUGACGCUGGACCAUUUUAAGAGCAAUCUUGCCAACUUGAAGCUGGCUAUUCAGUUCUGCAGAUUUGAAAAGAAACAGCUUGAAGAGCUGCUGACGACUUUGGAGAGAUAUCGUGAAGACAACUUGCAACUGCAGAUCCAAAAUCAUGACGAUUUACAGGCGAGAUCGGUGGGUUCUAUCAAUUCGCCAAAUCAGUUAACCAGCAUAUACGAAGGACAAAGGGUGGUUCUUUUGAAGUUGCUUCAGAAUGUCGAUCUAAAGAUCGAAUCUUUGGAGAAGGAAUACAACGACAAGGAGGAAAGUGGUGGUAAGAUCAUGGAUCUGUUGCAGUCGUUGCAAAACUUUGAUAUGGAUCAUUUGAGCCAGGAUGAUCAAACAAUGGAGAUCAGAGAAGAAUUGGACGACGAUGACAAUGUGGUUUCAUCAAAAGUGGAACCAUAUAGUCCAGGUCAUAAUGAACAAGGUCUCCCUUUCAUGAAUAUACAGGAGACUUUGGAGCCUGAAAUUGCUACUGCUGAACCUGAACAAGCCCAAACGACGUCGACUCGUUCUGCUGAAGAUUCUGCUUUGAAAGGAGCUGAUUCUGACGAAGAGGUGGAUGAGAUUGAGGAGUUGCUCAAAGACAUGGGUUUAACCCGUAAGACAGAAGAUUCAAAUGCUUCGGCGAUAUCUGAAAUUUCAGAGUCACACGAUUCAGUACUCACCAAAGAUCUCACUCCAGAUGUAAUUGAAGCGUUCAGAAAUGCCGGUUUGGAUCCCCAAGAUGCUCUGGAGCUAGAACUAUUCAUGGAUGAUGCAGAUGAUUAUGACAGUGGCGAGGAGGAAUACUACGUCGAGCCUGAUGAAGGAUACUGGCAUGGUGGUGACUCCGAAACUAUACAGGAGAGAAUUGCACAGGAGCUCGAGAGAAAAGAGGCCCAGGCGAAACCUGUUCCUCGUGAGACCGUUACUCCCAGAAAACCAGCCCUGAAGACUUCUGCUUCCCCCAAACUGAACAAGUCUGUCUCUUUCAGUGACGAACUUGAUAUCAAAAACGUCGAGAACAUAUCCUGUCCCUAUUACAAUGGUACUGGAGCAACUACAUUCAGCAUCAUGCAGAAUUGGCUACGUUCCAGAAACCCGGACGAGGAUGAUGAAGAUGAGGAUGAGGGAACCGAGGAAACCGAGGAUAUAGAAGAGAUCUUCGGGGACGAGAUUGACUUGAACUCGUUGAUGAGCCCUGUGGAGUCCCUUGAUACAAAAGCCACGACCGAGCCUCUGGCGAUCGCUUCCAAGCCAAAAGUUUCACGUUUCAAGCAAUCAAGGCAGUCAAUUGAGGGUCAUGGCUUAGAGUUUUCCAAUGGAGAUAUCUUGGAGCAUGUGGAAGACUCGUCUGUUGUUGACGUCGCGAUGGCCGAUACCAUAGUGGAACAUCCAGUGGGUGACAUAAUUGAGCGAUUCGACAUUGGACAAGCCCUAAAUGUGGACAGAGGUUUGAAUAAUACUCGUUCCAGUCUGCCCACAAAGUCCCCAGAGGCCCCUGUGAUUAUUCCGGUUCCCAAGGACGAGAUUGCACUUUUUGAGCCUGAGGUUGUAGACCAAACCCCAGACGAGGCCGAGGACGAAGAAAGAAGGAAGAUGUUUGAGGAAUACACUAGAGGUGUAUAUGACGAUGAUAUACCUUCAAUCAACAAGCAAACUGUGAUAGAAGAGCUGGACGACUUUGAAAAAGUUAACAAGCUAAUAGAGGAAAGUGAUGCUGCAGCUCGGGUCGAGGAGCUUGGAAAGGAGUUCGAAGAUGAAGAGACUCAUGACGAUAAUGAUGUCAUGGAGGACGAAAUUGUCGAGCAUUUUGAAGACACGAUCAUUUCAGACGACGAGGAAGAUGACAUUGAGGUUUCCAUGUUAAUGCAAGAUGUCUCCAAUUCUUACCACUCUCUGCGAAGAAAGAUUGUGCUUCAACAGGGUGGUUAUAAGGAGACAGACGAGGAAUUAGAGAAGGAGCCCAUUGAUGAAUUUGGCAAUCCUAUCAAAGUUAGUCGCUUCAGAGCUGCAUUAUUGGGAGCCCAAAGGAACAGGGUCUGA